UUGGCGAGUUUCACUUGCAAUGCCAGAAGGCACAACUGUGAAGCUACCACAUUGUUUGAAGCCUGCAGAAGAGUUCACUAUUGAUCAGGGCUUUGAAAUUGAGGGAGAACUACCAGAGAAAGUUGCAAGUUAUGAAGGCGUGUACUAUAAUUACUUCAGCAUAGAAGCUUACGGUGCUACAACUUUUUUGGCUUUGGGUGUUGAUAGAAUGGAAAAGAUUUCAGAUAGCUCAAUUGAAUCUCUAAUCUGUAUUUCUACAGGAAUGGAUGCCCAAGUCGCUUAUGGCUUUCAUCAUCUACGCGAUCAAAAACCUUACCUUGCAAGUGGUCCAAUUUCAAAUAAGAUUAUAUACUCAGGUUACAGCUGCACACAAGGCUGGUUUUUCACUCCUUGCGUAAGUGAUCCAGGUCUAAGGGGACUUAAAAACAUUUUGCGGAUGCAUAUCAAAAGGAUCAAUAGCUCAGAGUGGGAGCAGAUUGCAAUUCCUACAAGUGUAAGGGCAAUAGUUGCGUUGAAUCUUCAUAGCUAUGGAAGUGGGAGGAAUCCAUGGGGUAAACCAAAACCAGAAUAUUUGGAAAAGAGAGGCUUUGUUGAAGCUGAUGUUGCCGAUGGGAUCUUGGAAGUAUUUGGUUUAAAACAAGGAUGGCAUGCAUCAUUCGUCAUGAUUGAACUGAUAUCCGCAAAGCACCUAGCUCAGGCAGCGGCUGUUCGAUUGGAAGUGAGAGGUGGACAGUGGAAAAAUGCCUAUAUGCAAAUGGACGGAGAACCCUGGAAACAGCCAUUGAGCAAGGAGUUCUCCACAUACGUGGACAUUAAGAGGGAGCCUUUCCAGAGUCUUGUUAUCAGUGGAAAAAAGUAA